GGGAGGGAGGAGGUGUGGUACCAACAGAAAAUGAGAAAAGGUUCCCAGACUCAGGGGGUUCCUGCGUCUAGCUUCGGCCUCUCCCUUCCUCCUCCCACCUCCCUUUCCCUACAUCUCCACUUUCUUGGGGCUGGUGGGGAGCAGAAGGGGGCACGCAGUGAAGUCAGGUCUUGAAAUCGCCAGGGGGUGCGUGGGGAUGGGCAGCGGGGUUGGAAAGGAGAACAGCGAACAGGACUCUGGCACCAGCAAGAAAUGGCUUCACCCAGAGGCGAAGGCAGCCGCAGUGACACCUCCUCAAAGUGAAAGUGAAAGAGAAGUAGGCGGAGGACAGGAGAGAAACUCUCAAGCCGUUGGCCACCAAGGAGUAUUGAAAGGAGAAUUCAGAGAGACCCCUCUUCUCCAGCUGGGACAGGGCAGGCCGGGAGCCGGCGGAGAAGGGCGGCGGCGGAGGGCCUGAGAGCAGCCCCCAUGGGCACAGAGGGGUGGUGCCUGCUGCUCUGCUUGGCUCUGUCCGGAGCUGCGGACACUGCUGAGAGGCAGUGGCGGGCAGUGGAUGUGGUCUUGGACUGCUUCUUGGUGGAGGAAGGCAAGCACCGUGGAGGCUUUGCCAGCGAUAAGAACAUGGUGAAGGCCCUGCUGGUGCUGAGGCAGGUGCCAGUGCUGGAUGAUGGCUCCCUGGAAGGCUUCACCGACUUCCAAGUGAGCACACUGGUCAAAGACAACCCACCUGUUACCUUUGAUGCCUCAGUGAGUCCGGUGCAGAUUCCCCACGCAGAGGCCUUGCUCCAUGCUGACUGCAGCGAGAAGGAGGUGACCUGUGAGAUCUCCCGCUAUUUUCUCCAGGCCAGACAAGAGGCUGCUGUUGAGACAUCAGCUUGGUUCAUCGCCAACUUGCAGGUCUCUGGAGGGGGACCCAGUGUCUCCAUACUGAUGAAGACUCUCGGGGAUGCUGAGAACAGGGCUCUCUUGCACCCCACGAUGAACCUACCCCUAGGCCCCCAGGGGACUGUGCUGACUACAGUGGAGUUCCAGGUGACAACACAUACCCCAUCCCUGAGUUUGCAGCGGGGGUCCUCAGCCUCCCUGCACUGCGGCUUCUCCAUGGCACCAGGCUUGGACCUCGCCAGAGUGGAGUGGCGGCUGCAGCAUAAAGGCAGUGGCCAGCUGGUGUACAGCUGGACCCCAGGGCAGGGCCAAGCCAAGCGAGAGGGCGCUACCCUGGAGCCUGAGCAGCUCCUCAUGGCCGGGGACGCCUCCCUCAAGCUACCCAGCCUCACUCUGAAGGACGAGGGGGCCUACAUUUGCCAGAUCACCACCUCUCUGUACCAAGCUCAACAAAUCAUCCAGCUCCAUGUCCAAGCUUCUCCCAAAGUACGACUGGGCUUGGCAAAUGAAGCUCUGCCACCCACUCUCAUCUGCAACAUCGCUGGCUAUUACCCUGUGGACGUGACUGUGACGUGGACCCGAGAGGAACUGGGUGGAGCCCCAGUCCCAGUCCCAGACGCCUCCUUCUCCAGCCUCCGGCAAAGCCCAGAGGGCACCUACAGCAUCUCCUCCUCCCUGACGGCAGAACCUGGCUCUGCUGGUGCCACUUACACCUGUCAGGUCGCCCACAUCUCCCUGGAUGAGCCCAUUGUGACCAGCACCUGGGCUGCCCCACCAGAGCAGAGAAUUGUGGCCUUUGGAGUCCUUUUUGCCAGCAGCCUCUUCCUCCUUGCACUGCUGUACCUGGGACUUCAGAGAUGGCAAGCUACCUCAUCCAAGGUCUGCCAAGACUCCGAGGCCCUCUGGGUAGACACUCUCCUGCCUCCGAAUAAAAAGAAAGAGUAGUCACGUUCUCCCAGAAGGACUCUAAGCCAAGCCCCAAAGCUCAAAAAUACCCCAAGAAAAGCAUGAAGAAAGCACAGAUCACAGGGGCACUGGCUCUGAACAUGUGCAGGACUCUGCCUUCUUUCUGCGCCAGGGAGGAGAUGCUGUAGAUAACUUCUGGGCUUUGCCUGGGGUAAACAGAACAGAGGCCAUCAGGAAGGUCUGGGUGGAAGUUAAAACAAGAACCCGAUUUGAGGUACAGUGGUAGGAACAGAAAAUGGGAAGAAAUUAAGAAAGGAGCAAGUGAGGGGCAGUGGGACAAAGGGGUAGAGGUUGGGCGACCACACGCAAAUAUUGAACUCUGUCCAAAUAAAAGCGUCUUGGUCCUUGGAGGCAAAGCUUUCCCACUUUCCUACCUUUCCCUAUGUUGGACCCAACUGAGCUGUGUCCCAGGCCUUGCUGCAAAGUGUUCAAGGUGCGAAAUAAAGGCCCUAGAAGGCAGCCCCGGGGCCCAUCUCGGGUGCUCUGUGUAACCUCGAGCUGUAAUUAGGUUCUGCUCCUUAGAUAGUUGCUGGGUACUCCAGGAUACCUACAACUCCUCAUCCCUACUACUCCUCACACGACUCAGCUGCCAGGGAGAGAUUUCUUUUAUUUAUUUCUAAAAUCUGCUAGUCAAUACAGUGGAACUCGGCAC